UCAACGUUUCUUUUUCCCGAGCAACAGCUAGAGCAGACGGCGGAACAGUUUUGGGCCUGAGAGGCCUCCGUUGAGGGGCGUGGCAACGCAGCCGAGCUCUGACAGGCCCAGUUCACGUGCAGGCGGCGGCGGAUCGUAUUCCUCCAUCUACCAUGGCUCUGCCGGGAACUCUGAACCUCAAUAACGAGUCCAUUCUCCUCAGAUAUUUGUUCUCACCACCGUCACUUCCAUAACGUGCUGAUGGCAACACAAUACUAUUUCUACCACCUACCGCCUUCUGGUUUCUGCUUCUAUCCAACGAAGUAAUAUUAACCGAAGUCUUAAAGUAAGCUGGAAACGUAAGGAUCAAGUUGUGAAGAUGAGAAAAGAAGUGAAGAGAAUUCGAGUUUUGGUCAUCCGAAAACUUGUCAGGAGUGUUGGCAGACUGAAGUCAAAAAAGGGUACUGAAGAUGCACUGUUAAAAAACCAAAGACGGGCACAACGAUUGCUUGAAGAAAUCCAUGCCAUGAAGGAAUUGAAACCUGAUACAGUAACUAAAUCUGCUCUUGGUGAUGAUAUCAACUUUGAAAAAAUCUGCAAAAAGCCAGAUUCUACUGCAACUGAAAGAGCAAUUGCCAGACUGGCAGUACAUCCGCUUCUGAAGAAAAAGAUAGAUGUCCUAAAAGCUGCUGUCCAAGCCUUUAAGGAUGCAAGACAAAAUGUUGCUGAAGUUGAGUCAUCAAAGAAUACUUCAGAGGACAAUCAUUCUAAGAAUACUUUGUAUUCAAAUGAUAAUGGAAAUAAUUCACAGCAUGAAGGAACUAUUAUCAGUGAGCAAAAAGUGAAAGAAACCAAAAUACUGGCAAAGAAACCAACAAAUAAUUCAAAGGAAAAAAUAACCAAGGUAGAACAUGGAGCUAAAGCUGUGACUAUUCAAAAUUCUCCAUCAAAGCCUUCAGAAAAAAAUUCUGUAGUUUCCCGAGAGUCCCAGAAGACACCUCCUGACGCAACACUGAAAACACUAAGUCAAACCAAAAAAACCAAAAGAUCUGAUAGCUCACUCUGUGGUAACAGUGAUGGCGGAGAAGAAUCAUGUGAAGAGGAGAGGGAGUAUUUUGAUGAUAGCACAGAAGAAAGGUUUUACAAACAAUCUUCCAUGUCUGAAGAUAGCGAUAGUGGUGAUGACUUUUUCAUUGGGAAAGUCAGACGGACACGAAAGAAGGAAAGUAGUCGUCAUUAUUCAGUUAAGGAACAAAAACCACUCGAAAAAGUAUUACUUAAAGAAGAUAGAGGUGAAACUCAUGGGGAUACAAGAAAUGACACAGCCAAGCCAAAUACAGAAACCAGAAAGUUGGAAUCAGUGUUUUUCCACUCUUUAUCUGGAUCUAAAAGCUCUAGAAGAAAUUACAAAGAACAGGCUCCAAAAACCAGAUCCGUAGAUUUUCCACAGAAUGAACCUCAGAUCAAGAAUCAUUUUAAUAAAAAACUACAAAGAAAACUUGAAAAUACGAAACAGCAAUUGCUGCUGCCUCUUCAUCCUUCAUGGGAAGCAAGCAGAAGGCGAAAAGAACAGCAGUCUAACAUUGCUGUGUUUCAGGGGAAGAAAAUUACAUUUGAUGAUUGAUUAGUACAUCUUCUGUGAACUUUUCCAUCUAAAAAAAAAAAAAUUAAGAUAGGGUUUUACUCUGUUGCCUGGGCAACUCCUGGCAUCAAGUGAUCCUCCUACCUCUGCCUCCCAAAGGGCUGAGACUGCAGGUGAAUGCACCACCAUGCCUGGCUUUCUCAGCCCUUGCCCUGCAGCUAUUACUUAAAUUCAUGUUUGAAUAAGUCUCUUGAGAGGAAUUGCAGUGUUUUUGUAUUUCCUUUUUUUUUGUUAAGUAAAUUCAAGUUAUGUUUACAUAGACCUUUCACAAAUCCAAUAUGUACUUAAGUUGAUUUUUAAUAAUAUCCCUCAGACUGUUUCCCUUAUUCAGUAAUUUGGGGAUUAUAGUGGUCUCAUAUUUUCUCAUUAGUGCUUAUCAUGACAUGUGCUUUACUGGUUGAGCUCUGUUGUGUCCUUAAAAAUAAAUGUCAAUAUGUAUUUUUAAGUAAUAAUGGAAACAGGAAAUCAUAGCUAUUUAAACCAGAUCACUAUUGUUAAAAAUCAUUCUUGUUAGCAAACUAGUAACUUUUAUUAUGGAUGUACAGCUAAUUAAAUAAAUAUUAAUUUUAUUAUAGUUUCAAGUGCUUAUGAUCAUGUACUUUUUGAUUCUAAAAUAGUUGUCUAGGACAAUUUGAGGAUUCUUAAUUGUAUUUUAGUUACUUAAGCAAAUUAUUUAAAUGUAGCAAUACAACCAAUAAUUUAUGUUUCACUGCAUAUAAAUAUUUUCAUUAAAUCAAGAAUAUUACCUAGUUAUUUGACUAUAUAGUCUUAUUUCAAAAUGUUUGAGGAAUCAUAGAUUCUGAUUCUUAAGAACAAAUUCUGAAGGUGGUAGGAUUAAAAGAACAUUUCCACUGAUGGCUAAGCCAAGAACUAUAAGAUGCCUCACUGAGGAAAGGACUGCUUUACACAUCACAGUACUGCUAUUUAAAAGGAAAAAAGAAUUUUUUUAAUCCUUUCAAAUGUUUCACUUUUGCUAGGAAAAAUUUCAGGGUUCUUGAUAAACUUAAUAAUGCUAAUCUAUGUUUCCUGCACAUUAGUGCCUUUAAUGGCAGAGGCGGCCAUAUGGUUAACGUGUAUUCACAAACUCUCAAGAGUCAUCUCUACUUAUUUCAAGAAUUUAGAUAACUCAGCUGGGCAUGGUGACUCAUGCCUGUAAUCUCAGUACUUCGGGAAGCUAAGGCAGGCAAAUCCCUAGAGGCCAGGAGUUCAAGAUCAGCCUGGCCAAUAUGGCAAAACCUCGUCUCUACUAAAAAUAUAAAAAAUUAGCCAGGUGUGGUGGUGAGCACCUGUAAUUCCAGCUACUCAGAAGGCUGAGGCAUGAGAAUCACUUGAACUUCGGAGGUAGAGAUUGCAGUGAGCCAAGAUCACACCAUUGCACCCCAGUCUGGACAAUACAGUGAGACUCUGUCUUAAAAAAAAAAAAAGAACUUAGAUAAAUAGAAUGAUGAAAUUCAAGAGAUUAUGCAGAGAGAAAAUUACAUUUCCUGUGUUGAAUGCAUAAAUUGUUUUUGUACUUUCUUUUAAAUUUUAUUUUGACAUAAUUUCAGACUGCCAAAAAACAAAAUAACAGGAAAAUGUCUCUGUACCUACCCAGAGUUUGCCAGACUGUCAAGUUGGGGUCACUAUCCUUCACACUGCAAAGUCCGUCCAAGACUUUUUACCCCAACUGGAAGGAGUUAGGGUCCAAGUAAAAAGUUAAGAGGGAAGAGUGUUAAGUGUGUUAGCUGUUAGUUAUUAGAUUUUGUUCUAAGUACUGUUGGACUUCGUUCUGGGAUGCAAUUAAGUUACUUAGAAUCAGAUUAGUCAUUUUGAAGUUUGCGCUGUUAGAAUGGGUCUAGAAGAAUCAUUAAUCUAGGUCAUUGGUUCUCAAUUUGGAGCAAUUUUCAACCCCUCCAGGCAACAUUUGGCAACAUCAUUUGGAGAUAUUUCGAAUAGUCAAGGGUGAGGGGUGGGAGGUGGCUACAUCUAGCAGAUACAGGCCAAGGAUGCUGCUAAGCUGUCUAUAAUAUAUAUACACAAAGAAUUUUUUAGCCCAAAAUUCUAACAGUGCUAAAGUUGAGAAACCCUGGUCUAGAUUUCAUCUGACUUCAGUACGAGGCAUUACCAUUUUAGGAACUCUACCUGAUACUUUAUCUCUUAGGAAAUCUUUCUGCAGUGGCUGGUCAGAACACAAACUAUACUUGGGUUUGUGUAAGGCAUAGUUCCACUAACUCCUUUCUAGUAUUUCGGUUUUUUCCUGGCCUUAGUGUAUUCUUUGUACAUCAUACACUGGUUGUUCUACUGAAGACUUGAAAGAACCUUCUACAGAUCUUUGGAGCACUUUUUCUGUGUAUUUCCUUCCUCUAGUAUUUUGCCUCACAAAUUCUAACCACAUUGGCUUUUCUGAACUCUGAGGUCUCUCUCUAAUGUCAGUCAGGCCACUGAGAUCUUUGGGGUUCUUCUCUCUGCACUACAGUUUGGAAACUUCAGGCAGUGAGCUGGUGUACUUACAGCACUCAACUCUUGUUUGUCUCUGUCAGUUCUGGUUAUCCUUUGCCACCUGUUGUCCACUUUCUGAAAACUGUUGUUUGGUAUACUUUGUCCAGUUUUCUAGUUUAAUAUAGAAGGGAAAAUCUAGUCCCUGUUAUUCUUUAAUGGUCAAAAUAUAAGUCCUUCAUUAUUUAUUUUGAUGCUCAAAUUCUACUUAAUUUGGCCAGUGGGAGCCAUGUCCUUUUGACAUGUAAGUCCUUUCUCUAAUAGUGAGAAAAUGGAUUACCAUUAUCGAAGAUAAUAUUUACGUAUUUUGAAAGUUCACCCCUAGCGUCUGUCCGUACACAAGUUAGUUUCAAAGUUGCUAAGUGAUAGCUCUGCAUAACAGAAGCCUACUAGCCAAAGGGUUCAAUAUUUGUUUAGAGCUCUUUAAAAGUUAUCUGGGGUAAUAACAGCUAAAAUGUCAGAGUACAAACAUCCAAAAAUAAUUUUCUCUCUAAAAGCAAUAAGAAAAUUGUCUAAACUAUCAGAAUCAACUUUUUCAGAACUCUAGAAUUAACCAAAGGCUUGCAUCAAUUUAAGAAGGAUUUACUACAGAAAAAAUAUCUAAAUCUUGAAUCUUGAAUUAAAUCUUGUUAAGAAUAGGGAUCAUUGUGAAACCUUGCUCUAUUCUAAUCUCCUGCUUCCUAGAUUCAUGGUAGUUGUGAAAACCAACAGCCCAUGAUCAUAGUGGAAAACAGCAGCCUGGCAGCCACUGGAAGGACUUCAGAGCAAGAUUGGAGUUUCUUAGACAACAUUCCCUGAGAACUGUCAUUAUUUGACCUGCCUGAUGGUUCACUGGAAAACUUGACUUGCUGUCUUUGUUUCAUCUGAGUUAGAGCUUACCCAAUGAGAUUAGCUUUUUCCCAGAGAUUGUUUUUCAGAAACAUUUAAAAACACACACACACAGACAUACACAUAUCAAGACUAUCUUAGGCAGUAACAGUUGGAGUAAACAGUAAGUUAACCAAAAAGUAAGUUAAAAUAGCGUCUUUAAUGUCUUUUUUAAGUAAGUCUGAAGUCUGGGCUUCCUCAGGGAAUUUCUGUUGGUUUUUUCUAUUAUUCUAUUUUAACCAAAGUAACCACACUACUAAGCUUAAUGAAUCAGAAAUGUCAAUGAUCAUACACAACAGAGAAUAUAGACUUUACACAUAAAUAGAUCAGAAAGGUCACUAAACAACUAAAAGAUAGGGACUUUAAUAAGUUAUGAUUUUUUUAGAAUCAAGGAGAUUAUGUACGUGCAUAAAGCUGUGUACACGGUCAAGAAAAGCUGAGAAGGCCCUAAACUCUCACCAGGGGCUGACCUUGAGGCAGUGCAUAAGUAAGUGAAGGCUAAGGAGAAGCUGUUAACUUGGGGCUAAGUAGUAAAGUUGUGCCCCAACACAGAUUCCCCAGUACAAAGAGAAGUAUUGAUUCCAGGCAUUUAAGGAAAUCUCUGUCCAGUUAUUAGCACACUACUAAGCAUAUUAAUCAGAUAUUUCAUACACAACAAAGAAUAUAGACUUUACACAUAAAUAGUUCAGAAAGUUCGCUAAACACCAAAAUAUAGCAAUAAGAGCAAAGCCUGGCGAGAGAAGGGAAUCUGAUUUACAGAGUUGUAACAUUAUGUUACUUAAAAUGUCCAAUUUUAAACAAAAUUAUCAGACAUGCACAAAAACAAGCAAGAAUGGUUCAUGCACUGAUGGGGGGAAAAAAUGAAUAGAAACUCCCUGAGGAAGCCCAAACUUCAGACUCAAAAAGACAUUGAAGACACUAUUUUAAAUAUGUUCAACCAAAGUACACUAUGUCUAAUAAGCUAAAAGGAAGUCUGAGAACAAUGCCUCACCUAAUAGAGAACAUCAAUAAUGAGAUAGAAAUUAUGAAGAAAAGCCCAAAACUGGCUGGGCGCGGUAGCUCACGCCUGUAAUCCCAGCACUUUGGGAGGCCGAGGUGGGUGGAUCACGAGGUCAAGAGAUCAGGACCAUCCUGGUCAACGUGGUGAAACCCCGUCUCUGCUAAAAAUAUGAAAAAUUAGCUGGGCAUGGUGGCACGUGCCUGUAAUCCCAGCUACUCAGGAGGCUGAGGCAGGAGAAUUGCCUGAACCCAGGAGGCGGAGGUUGUGGUGAGCCGAGAUCGCGCCAUUGCACUCCAGCCUGGGUAACAAGAGCGAAACUCUGUCUCAAAAAAAAAAAAAAAAACAAAAAAAAAAAGCCCAAAACUAAUGAACAGAUUCUCAGAGAUCUGUGGGAGACUUAUCAGAUGUACCAACACAGGCAUGAUGAAAGCCUCAUGUCACCCAGAAUUCUCACCUAUAGCCAUACAUGCCCAAGAGAAUUGAAAACAUGUUCACAUAAAAACUUGAAUGUGAAUGUUCAUAGUGGCAUAAUAGCUUAAAAAAGAAAAAGAAGCAACCCAAACAUUCAUCAUCUGAUAAUGAGUAAACAGUGUGAUUUAUACAUACAAUGGGCUGUGAUUUGGGCUUAUAAAGGAAAGAACUGUUGAUACACACUACAACGUGGAUGGAUGAACCUUGAGAGCAUAAUGCUAACUGAAAGAAGCCAAACGCACAGUACAGUUCCACUUAUAUGCAAUGUCCAAAAUAAGUAAAUCCAUAGAGAACGAAAAUAGAUUAGUGGUUACUAGGAGCUGGGAGAGGGAAGAAGAGUGAGUGCCUGCUAAUGGGUCUGACGUUUAUUUUUAGAAAGAUGAAUGUGUUUUGGAAUUGAAUAGUGUUGAUUGCACACCUUUGUGAACAUAGAAGAUCCACUGAACUACACUGUAAAAGGGUAAAUAUUAUGUGAAUAUCUCAAUUUUAAAAAUAAUAUAAAGUUCCCUGGGUGAAUAUUGGUUUCCCUCCUCCGUUUAGUAUAUGUAGUACUUCAUUUGAAAUGUAGUGAAGUUUAUAUGGUUCUGACAGUAUUUUAUUUUAAUGAUUUUUCCUCCAUCCAUGGUAGUUUUGGUUUUUUCCUUUUAUGUAUGUGAAACAGCAACACUGUUCCUGAAGUCAGAGCUACACAAAAUAGUAUCCUCAGAGGAUUAGCAACUCUCCCCUUUCCCAUUGUUUGUUCUUUCCACCUCAUUCCUACCCAUCCCCUAUAGAUAAUAAAUCUCAUUAAUCCCUGGUAAA